AUGGUGGCUGAAGUGAAUCGCCACUGUGUUAUCUCAGGGAAGAAGGAACAACCAAACAACUGGAAUGUCUCUCGCUUGAAGAAAUGGCUGACUGACAAUCCAAUCGUAAAGGAAGAAGAUGUCAAGUUUCUUCAAAGUGAAGAGAACGCUAUCCACGCUGCCGCUCGCAGCAUGGUCCAGCAACAAGGAUCAGGAACCGGAGAUGGUGAAAAGAAAUCCAAGCAACAGCCAUUCGAACAUCGAGACUUCUUGCGCAUGUUCGCUGCAGCCUGUACCGACAAAGUUAAGAAGGCUUUGAAACUUGCUGGUACUGUCAUGGAUCGACAGCGUUUAGAUGUUCGCAACCGGCAUGAUGCGCCAGACAAUUUCUACGAAGAGUUGCAUUCUGUGUACCACGAUGAUGUAUUUGCUGCGGAGAUACCCUCAAUGCCAGAUCUCCACGAGGACUUUCUUGUUGAGGAUUUGAUCCUUGCUUCUGAAGUUACUCCUUGCUCUGUGGAAUACAUCAAGUCGAAAUGGACUUUCCGCAAGUCAAAGCUGUCUUCGUUGGUUGCUCGCUAUGAGAAGAGUGGAGCAGGGGAAGGUCAGAUCCAUCAUGAUGUGGAGGAACUGCUUCAAGACGAAGAAGAUGAAAGCUCCAGUCACGAUGAUGAAGGAGAGGCUUCCGGCAAAGAACCAGAAAAGAUGCCAUCCAAAAAGCUUGUGGUAGCGACCUAUUAA